UGAUGUGGACGAGAGAACCCCCGCCCCAGCCCCCGCAGAUAGCACUGCAGAGCCAUGCAGACAUGGCGGGUAACCACAAGCCUGGACGAGAAGCUGGAGAUACAGAUGACCCACCAAGAAUUACUCAAAACCCUGUUAUCAACGGGAAUGUAGCCAUGAGUGAUGGGCACAACAACACAGAGGAAGAUAUGGAGGACGACACGAGUUGGCGCUCCGAGGCGACCUUUCAGUUCACUGUCGAGCGCUUCAGCAGACUGAGUGAGUCGGUCCUUAGCCCUCCGUGUUUUGUGCGAAAUCUGCCAUGGAAGAUUAUGGUGAUGCCACGCUUUUAUCCAGACAGACCACACCAAAAAAGCGUAGGAUUCUUUCUCCAGUGCAAUGCUGAAUCUGAUUCCACGUCGUGGUCCUGCCACGCGCAAGCCGUGCUGAAGAUCAUAAACUACAGAGACGACGAGAAGUCGUUCAGCCGCCGCAUUAGUCACCUGUUUUUCCACAAGGAGAACGACUGGGGGUUUUCCAACUUCAUGGCCUGGAGCGAAGUGACUGAUCCUGAGAAAGGAUUUAUAGAUGAUGACAAAGUUACUUUUGAAGUCUUUGUACAGGCGGAUGCUCCCCAUGGAGUUGCGUGGGAUUCAAAGAAGCACACGGGCUAUGUCGGUUUAAAGAAUCAGGGAGCGACUUGUUACAUGAACAGCCUGCUGCAGACUUUAUUUUUCACAAAUCAACUACGAAAGGCUGUGUACAUGAUGCCAACAGAGGGUGAUGAUUCCUCCAAAAGCGUCCCCUUAGCGUUACAAAGAGUGUUCUACGAAUUACAGCACAGCGAUAAGCCUGUAGGAACAAAAAAGCUAACAAAGUCCUUCGGGUGGGAAACCUUAGAUAGCUUCAUGCAGCACGACGUUCAAGAGCUGUGUCGAGUGCACUAGCUGGAUUGAAUCCAGUUCAUUAAAUAUCCAUGGACAAACCAGUCAAUCCUGUUGACAGGCUCAACCUCAUUAAUCUCUUGGUGUGGACCAAUACGAGUUAAGUUUAGUGCUCAAUUUACAUGCUUUUCCACAGAGGUAAAAUAAAUAUAAAAAUGCUUCUAAAGGCACUACAGAUUACUAAUUCAUUCCAAAGGCUGUACUGAGGUUAAUCUCAACUGUUGCAUGUAGAUAUUUUUGUAAAUAUCCAACCAAGGAAGAAGACUUUGUAUGUUUUCAUAAUUGCAUGCUAAAGGUCUUAAUAUUUAUAGUCUAGAGCUCCUUUGACCGUUGAAAUUUCCUAGUCAAGUUUCAAAUUAUUGUAAAUUGAGCAUAACAUUUUCCUAAAGUCAC